AUGUUGUCUAGAAUUGCAAGGACUAGUUUGAUCGGAGCCUCCGUAUCCAGGAAUGCUACCAGCAUUGCACGGAUCGCCCCAAUGUCAAGAAAAUUUGCCACUUCAUCAUCAUCUAAUGACAAUGGAGCAACUGAAGUUUUCACCAAAUUAUCCGAUUCAAAAGAUCCCAAAAGAACACCAUUUUUCCAAUACAGUUGGGGCUCUUGGUUGAAAGAUGAUAAGUUGAUGAAGAAGCAACGUGAGACUGUCUUUUCAAUUGAGGGAUUGACAACUUCGCUCAAUGAGUUAAAUGGACUUCGCAUUAACUCUAAUGAGAAAUUGCCAGCGCCAAAGGAAAAUAAAGGAUCAUUUGUAUUACAACAAAACUUGACCGAUGGUUUGAUUGGUCCUAAAUCCGAUAAGCUCAUUGUUAAGUCAAUUGCUUCCAUACACGAAGGGAAGCAUCAUAGGAUAUAUAAAGUGACAUUGUCAACAGCAAAAGAAUUGAUUUUGAGAAUUCCGUACAAGAUCGAUUCAGAUGCCGCAAUUGCGUCCAAGAUCAAAAGCGAAGUGGCAACUUUAGAUUUCUUGGAUUUGAAAUUGAACUUGAAAGUUCCAAAAGUAAUUGCUUAUGGUGUGAAUUCAGAAAAUGAAGUUGGAUCACCAUUCAUUUUACAAGAGUUUAUUGAAGGUGAUUUAUUAAUGAAAAAAUGGCAUCCUUUGGAUUCGGACUCUAAAGAGACUGAUGAAAAGUUGAAACUGGUUAUUGGCCCAAUCGCCAAGUUUCAGGAUGGCAUACUUGAAGUUACGUUUAAUAAAUUUGGUUCCUUGUAUUUUUACAACGAUGUUGCACCAACUUUGCAGUCUGAAGAGCCAUACAAUGACGAGGAGGAUGAAAAGUUGCUCAACAGAUGGAGGAUUGGGCCAAGUGUUGAAAAACAAUUUACCAAGGGCAAGAACAAAUUGUCACAAAAGACCAUUGACCAAUACAAUGGACCUUGGAAUGCUUCCAAUCCAUUACAAGUUAUGGAGUCAGUGGCUGACAUUGAGUUGGAAAAUGCCAAAAACAAAUUGGCCAUUAUUGAUGCUGAUGCUGGGGAUGUUUCUGAUAAACAACUUAUACAGGAUCAAAUCAAAACAUUCGAACAUUUAAAAACAAUUACUCCUAAAUUAAUAAAUCCCAAAUCGAAAUCAAUCAUGAAUGUUGAAAAGCUUUUUGAACCCAAAUUGUUUGUACCGGAUUUGGAUCCAUUGAAUGUAAUCGAAUCGAAAGGGGGUGACUAUUUUAUCGACUUUGAAAACACCACAAUAAAACCAUUUAUCUUGACAAGCUACCCAAACUUUGUCUCAUACCAUGGAGCUAAAGUGUACAACUUGGAAGAAGAUAUUCCUGGAUACCCCGAGAUGGACCCGGCAGAAAAGCAACAAUAUGAGUUCAUGUACUACAAAACUAGAAAUGAAAGACUUUGGGAGAUUGAAUUGAACAAACACAGACAUGAUUUAAUUGCAGUGGCAUCUCCACAUUUAAAAGUUUUGAAAUCACCAUACUUGCAAGCCCUUGACUUAAAAACUCCAAAGGAUUAUCUUUAUGUUGAAGGUUCGAUUGUUCAAUUGCAAGCUAUGUGGGAUGCCUAUGUUGCCAAUGAAUUAGUCAAUCAGGACAAGGAUGAUUCUGAAUUCCCCAUCAAGUAUGAUGAAGAAUUUUUAGAUAAGCACCAACUGGAUUUGAGUGAUUACCAAAUGGAGACUGUCUCUAGUCCAUUUAGUGCCACUGGUGGAUGGAUUCCUCAAGACAUGUUCGAAACUUUGAAAAACCAGGGGAUUAUUGUUGAAACUGGCAAUGGUGAUUACAAGAUCGAAACAGAUAAGGUGUUGCAAAAUCCACCAGAGGAGAAACCAAAGUAA